UUCAGAAAAGGAGGAACCAGCAAGUUAAUUAGGAUAUAUCAUAAGAAUGGAAACUUUGGAUUUUCCGAACCUCUGAAGUUCAACAGUGUCGUGGAAUUAAUCAACUAUUAUCGAACAGUCCCACUUUCCCAGUACAAUAAAACAUUAGAUCUGAAACUGCUUUAUCCAGUAUCUAGGUUUGAUCAGGCAGAAAAUCAGGAGGAGAGCACAACUGAAGUAGAGAUAGGGGCUCAGAAUGUAAUGGAAGUUAACAAUGUGUAUAUCCAGAAAACUGAGCAACAGGGUCAUCUCUGUGAAGACUACAACAAUACUUUUCACGAACUUCAGCUACAAAGACAGGCUCUGGAUGCCAUUGAUGAAACGGUUGCAUUGUUUGGAGAACAUAUUCAACUUUACACUGAACAUCAGCAAAAAGCUAUACAACAUGAAAUGAUUGGUUUUACCGAAAAGAUUGAUCUUCUAAAGAAGAGUCUAGGAACAAUCCAAGAAAGUACUACGCGGCUAGAGAAUGACUUUAAACACCGAGCGUCUUAUAACCAGCUGUUAGAAAUGGAAAUUAACUCUCUGAAGCCUGAUUUGAAUCUGUUGCACAAGAAACAUGAGCAACUUGAAAUGUCAUUGAUAGGUAAGCAGUCGCAAAAAGAGAGAAUUGAAAAUUUUUUUCAAGAUCCUCAUGUGAUUGCUAAAGAAAAAGCAAGACAAACAAAAAUAAUUUCGAUAACUGGGAGAAAACUAAAAAAAAAUGUGUCUUUUUUCAGAGCUGAUGGCAAGGUAGGGCACUGUUUGAUCCAUAAGACAGGUAAAGGCUAUGGUUUUGCCGAGCCAUAUGACGUCCAUCCGACCCUGAAGAGCUUGGUACUUCACUAUGCUCAGAACUCCCUUGAAGAACACAAUGUUUCUUUACAAACAACUUUAAAACAUCCUGUUUUUGCAGUACAACCAGAUCAUUUUGUUAGUUUUUCAAUAUGAUGGAAGGAUGUAACGUAUUGAUUGAUUUGCUUCUUCCAUCUAUAGAUAAGAUCACAUUAGGUCAUUUGGAGACUGUCGGUAAUGUUUUCACUGAAGUAGAGAACAAUAUAAAUGAAAUAAUGAAAAAAAAAACUCAUAUUUUAAGAAUUCGUUCAACCAGUUCUGAAUUACAUCUAAAAUUUCCAGUGUCACAAUAAAUAUGGUUUGAGUUCUCCUCAGGUUGUAAAAUUAUUAGAAUCUUUGCACGAGUACUUUAUUUUUUUAUAGAAAUCUUAAUUAACCCAUUAACUGCGGAUGACGGAUAUUUCCAUCAUUGAACUUCUAUGGCUUAGCUGCGAAUGACGGAGAUAUCCGUCAGUCGCACAUAUAUAACUCUAUGCGAAUGACAAUAAUUGCCGUUUUAUUGUGAUUGAUGGCAACUCAGUUUUAUCUGUGAGUCAGAAAACAGCAACUGAGCUGCUCCUGCAUCAGUUAAUGGGUUAAAGUCAUUGUUGCUAUAUAAAUACUUUACACAUAAAGCUUUUCUAUUAAAGUAAUCCUACAGUACAAGUAUUUGUUAUGAUGUUAAUAAUGUUUUCUGUCUAAGAGAAAUUGUUAAGCACAAGAUCGGAUGUAUAUUUUAAUGUAUAUGUAUUGUUUCUUUGACAAAUUAUCUGUACAGUUUCCAGAUAUUGUUUACUUCAUUGUGUUUUAUAGAUUGGGUUGUAAUGGUUAGGGUUGUUAUUGUUAUAACAAAAUGACGAGUAAGCCUUACAUUAAUACACGCGAGGUUCAAACAAUCAUGACAUUGUAGGUUUGACUGACUUGAGAAAAAUAUACAGAUAUGAAAGAUUUAACGUAAAAACAUUUAUUGAACGUUAUUUUAAAAUAUAUUAUUAAGCUUCAUUAACGUAUAUUCUGUUAUAAUUCAAAACCCUCUUUUUUUAACAUUUAUCUUAUGACUCUGUUAAUUUGGAUGGGCUAGCUUGGCUAAUUGACUUAGUUGAAAGGUAAAAAAAAA